UUGGUCUUGUUUAUGACAACUGGAUAUGGCCAAGAGGGAAAGUUUAGUGGACCCCUGAAGCCCAUGACCUUUUCUAUUUUUGAAGGCCAAGGACAGAGUCAAAUCAUAUUCCAGUUUAAGGCCAGUCCUCUUGCUGUGACUUUCAAUCUAACUGGGGAGACAGAUGACAUAUUUCAGAUACAACCAGAUGGACUUCUGUAUCACAGCAAAGCCCUGGACAGGGAAGCAAGAGCUGUUCACACACUCCAGGUCUCAGCCCUGGAUGCUCAUGGCAAUACAGUGGAGGGCCCAGUCCCCAUCACCAUAGAAGUGAAGGACAUCAAUGACAAUCGACCUGUGUUUCUCCAGCCAAAGUAUGAAGGCUCAGUAAGGCAGAAUUCUCGCCCAGGAAAGCCCUUUAUGUAUGUCAAUGCUACAGACUUGGAUGAUCCAACCACACCCAAUGGCCAGCUUAUUUAUCAAAUUAUCAUGCAGCUUCCCAAGGUCAACAAUGUCAUGUACUUUCAGAUCAACAACAAAACGGGGGCAAUUUCACUUACUCUAGAAGGAUCCCAGGAACUGGAUCCUUUGAAGAAUCCUUCCUACAACCUGGUGGUCUCAGUGAAGGACAUGGGAGGCCAGAAUGAGCAUUCCUUUAGUGACAGCACAUAUGUGGAUAUUAUGGUGAAGGAGAAUAUUUGGAAAACACCAGAACCAGUGGAGAUUGAAGAAAAUUCAACUAAUCCUUACCCCAUUAAAAUCACUCAGGUGCGGUGGAAUGAGCCAGGGGCACUAUAUUCAUUAGUGGACAAGGAGAAGCCACCAAAAUUCCCAUUUUUAAUCAACCAGGAAGGAGAUAUCUAUGUGACUCAGCCCUUGGACCGAGAAGAAAAGGAUGCAUAUGUUUUUUAUGCUGUUGCAAGCGAUGAGCAUGGAAAACCACUCGCAUUUCCAUUGCAAAUUCAAGUGAAAGUUAAAGACAUUAAUGAUAAUCCACCUACAUGUCCAUCUACAGUGACUGUACUUGAGGUCCAGGAGAAUGAACAAAUAGGGGACAGUAUUGGAACACUUAUUGCUCAUGACAUGGAUGAAGAAAACACUAUCAACAGUGCUUUAGGAUACAGAAUUGUGGAUCAAACCCCCAAAGUUCCUAGAGAUGGACUCUUCCUGGUCCAAGCCUACUCAGGAAUGUUUCAGUUAGCCAUGCAGUCCUUGCGGAAGCGAGACACUCCGCAGUACAACUUGACAGUAGAGGUGUCUGACAAAGAUUUCAAGACCCUCUGCUUUGUGCAGAUCAACAUUAUUGAUAUCAAUGAUCAGAUCCCCAUCUUUGAAAAAUCAGAUUAUGGAAACCUAACUCUCCCUGAAGAUACAGCCAUUGGAACUGUCAUCUUAACCAUCCAGGCCACCGAUGCUGAUGAACCGUAUACGGGAAGUUCUAAAAUCCUGUACCGAAUUGCGCAGGGAGACAGUGAGGGACGUUUGGAGAUUGAAACAGAUCCCGAAACCAAUACUGGAUAUGUCAAGGUUAAAAAGCCUCUUGAUUUUGAAGCGGUAGGCGUUCACAAUAUUGUGUUCCAAGCAGAAAAUCCUGAGCCUCUGGUGCUUGGUGUACAGUACAAUGCCAGCUCUUCUGCUACAUUCAGACUUAUUGUGACAGAUGUGAAUGAAGCACCGCAAUUUUCCCAACAACUAUACCAAGCAAAAGUCAGAGAGGAUGUGGCUAAAGGCACUAAAGUGGGCAGCGUGACUGCCAAGGAUCCGGAAGGUCUGGACAUAAGUUAUUCAUUAAGAGGUGACAAGAGAGGUUGGCUAAAAAUUGACCCCGUCACCGGAGAGAUCUUUAGUGUGGCUUCGCUGGACAGGGAAGCUGAAAGUCUGUAUCGGGUACAAGUGGUGGCAACAGAAGUAGGUGGAUCCUCCUUGAGCUCCACGGUGCAAUUCCACCUGACCCUCAAGGAUGUGAACGACAACCCGCCACGGCUGGUCAAGGAGUACACAGGCUUGUUCUUCUGCUAUCCCCCUAAAGCACCCGGAAGUCUCAUUUUUGAGGCCACUGAUGAUGAUCAGCAGUCAUUUCAGGGUCGACAAUUUACAUUUUCCCUUGGCAAUGAAAGCUUACAAAAAGACUGGGAAGUUUCCAAAAUCAAUGGAACUCAUGCCAGCCUCUCCACCAAGCACACGGGCUUUGAGGAGAGAGUUUACCACGUCCCAGUCCGCAUCAAUGACGGCGGUUGGCCACCCUUGGAAGGGACUGUCUCUUUACCAGUUACUUUCUGCAAGUGUGUGGAAGAUAGGUGUUUCCAGCCAGCAGGUCACAUGCCUGGGAUACCCACUGUGGGCAUGACAGUUGGUAUUCUCCUUACCACCAUUUUGGUCAUCGGUAUAAUUUUAGCAGUCGUGUUCUUCCAGAUAAAGAAGAAUAAAGGCCAACAUAAUGUUGAAAGUGCUCAGGCAUCUGAAGUCAAGCCUCUGAGAAACUGA